UCACUUUUUCGCUCCUUUUCUUCGCGUUUGCAAGCCAACAUGGAUCCCAGAAAUUUUCACAAUGUACAGUGUUAUUAAUUUUGGUGCAUUAAUUCCGUAAAUUCAUUGUUUAUGUUCAAUAAAAUUUAUAGAAAAACUAACGCGACGUAUUUAACAAGCUGUAGCUAAGUGAAAAAAGUGAAUUAAGACGUGAUAAACACUUAGAUUUUGGUGAAAAGUGUAUCUUAAAAUCUGCGAGGUUAAAAGUGACGCUCGUCCCGUAAAACGCAUAAAACUUGCUGAAAAUGAGUUCCGACGAAGAGCAGGAAAUAGUUUCACCGAUGGCAAGAAAGCGCGGUCGUCCACCGAAAACCGACCAAGAGUCUUCCCCUCGGAAAGGCAAAAAGAAUUCCGAUGACGACAUGGAUGGUAUCCACUAUGCCUGCGAUGUUUGUGAUCAGGUUUUCCUCCACAAAUCCAAUUAUUUGCGCCAUUCGGAACGGCACGAUCCACCGGGAGGCUUCGUUUGCUCCUUGUGUCAAUAUCCGUUCACUACCGAGUGGGACCGCAACAAGCACAAACGCGACGAGCACAGCGUCUUCCGGUGCCGCAUCUGUCAGGCAGAGUUUCCCCUGGAGGCAGACUACAACGAACACAUUCAGCAGGAACAUGAGGGACGCGAUUGCGAAUAUGAUAUGUGUCCCAAGUGCGGACAGCAGUUCAAAUCAGCGUCGCAGUUGAAAGUUCACGUCGAGUCCAAGUGUGGCACAGAGAAGAAAUACAAAUGCAGCGAGUGUAGCGCUUUGCACCUGACUCAAGCCAUGCUGAACACCCACAUGAUCGAGCAUGUGGGUAAACAGAGUCACCAGUGCGACUAUUGUGGUUCCAGUUUCACCAACAAGGAUCAACUCAACGUGCACGUGAGAAUGCACAUCGACCCGAAACCCUACAAGUGUAAUAAAUGCGAUAAAGCGUUCGUUCGCAGAGAUAGUUUGAUCACCCAUUUCUUGACCCAUUCUGGUACAAAGCCCUACAGCUGCAGCUACUGCGACGAUCGUUUCUCCUGUAUCGGGAAUCUACUUAAACAUCGACGAGCUCGUCCGGAUACGUGUGGAUUACCGCAACACUGCGUAUCCAAGAAACCUGUUCCACGACCAAGCAUCACCAAAUCAAUGUCAAGUCUUACCGAUCGUCCUGUGUACAACAAUAAGGUGGUACAAAGCUUAGAAUCACAAAAAGUGGGUAAAACUAAAUCUUCUGACGCCAGCCGAGAUAAUAAGCCAGUGAUCAUCAAGAAGCCUCUGGGACAAAAGUCAACUGUUUCAUCAGUUAAAUCACCGAAAGAUAAGAAAGCAAAUAAUUCAAAAAUUCAGGUGGCUGUAAAACGUGAACGCAAGCAGUCGGAAUCUCAACAAAAAAUGGUCGUAUUCAAAGUUGUAAAGUCUGAUUGUGAGAUGAAUGGCGACGAUUCAAACCAAUCAACAGAGCCAAAUGUUGUUGAAAUUUGCGAAGUCAAAAUCGAGGAAGAUGGAAGCAUCAGUGAGCGAAAACAGGGAAAUGAUAGUGACAUCGAGGAUGAGUCUCAAGAAAUUUUGUUCGAGUCGGUUAUCGAACCCGAUGGCACUGUGCAUUUUUCUGCUGACGAGAAACAAGCAGUCGAGAUUGAUGGAAUCAGUGACGAAGAGGUAUAUCCGGACCAAGAUGAUUCAGAAGAUUACCAACCUCCGAAAUAUGACGCUAAAGGAAUUAGACGCACGUUCACGGAGAAACCUCCGGUAAUAACCGAUAUAAGAAGCCGCGGUCGGAUUAAAAAAGAAAAGCCAAUAAAACCGAUAUCGGAGAAUAUAAUCGUGUUGGAUUUGGAAGCGCAGCAACGUGAAAUAGACGAACAGCGUAGUGUUUUCGAGUUAAACGUGCACAAUAUUUCGGUGGACUGUUAUCGCUGUGUUCAUUGUCCGAUGCAGUAUGUCAGUCCGUUCAUGGUAGGACGACAUUUGGAGAAUGAUCAUGGUAUUGUACUAAGAGAGUUACUCAAAACUCUAAGAUAUGAUCGAGAGUAUACUGGAGAAAGAAAAUACGCAUGCCGGUACUGUAGUCGCAUGUAUGUCAAUGAAAGAGCACUCGAAAAACACGUGCUAUUGCAUGGCCCUGAUGGUAAACUUAUGCACAAGUGCACAUGCUGCCCAAAGCACUUUGCGACACCAGAUGAAGUCCGUCGUCAUGCAAUCGAUGAUCAUGCCGGUUAUUUGCAGUGCCAAAUUUGUGGUAAAGUUUUUCCGAAACAUUGUACACUUAGAAAACAUAUGAGGCAGAUUCAUGAAGGACAACAGAAUCGUAAACAAUAUCACUACGUUUGCCCUAAGUGUGGAAAAUCUUACUCUUCUCGAGGAUCGGUUUCUGAUCACGAGCGAUCGCAGUGCGGCAAGAAUCCUAUCUAUCAAUGCGACAUUUGUGAGAAAAGUUUUCACACCGCUUCGUCACUAAAGAUCCACUACACUGUCCACAGCAACGAGCUACCAUUUUCAUGUCAAUACUGUGGAAAAGGCUUCCGAUCAAGAGGACAGGUAAAGGUGCACGAGCGUCAACAUACGGGCGAGAAACCUUUCCAAUGUGAAUAUUGUCCAAAAGCAUUUGGCCACCGCGAAUCGCUACAUACUCAUCGUUCUUCUCACACGGGAAUCAAACGCUACAUGUGCUCCGGAUGUGGUCAAAGAUUCGCUUGCGUUUCCAACCUGCAAUGUCACCGACGCUCUCACAAAGAUACAUGUGGAAUGGUACCGAAGGUUUCCCGAGUCACGGGUCCGGACGGCUAUCACGAGCUGCCAGAAGGCUAUGUGCUGCCGUUCCCAAAGUUUUUCGUAUCGGAUGAUAAUGAAAUACCUAAUUCUAACGUUCUUUUGCCUGGAGUUCACAUCGAGUCCAAUUGUGGCACAGAAAAGAAACACAAGUGCAGCGAGUGUAACUCGUUGUACCUGACUCAAGCAUCGCUGAAUGCCCACAUCAUCAAACAUGUGGGGGAAAAGAGACACUUGUGCGACUACUGUGGCGCCAGCUUCCUCAACAAGGGUCAACUCAAAGUGCACGAAAGAAUGCAUACCGGAGAAAAACCCUACAAGUGCAAUCAAUGCGAUAAAGCAUUUGCCCACAGGGAAAGUUUGAUAACUCAUUCUACGACCCAUUCUGGCAUCAAGCCUUAUUACUGCAGCUUCUGUGAAAGUCGCUUCUCCUGUAUCGGCAAUCUUCUCAAACACCGACGAGCCCGUCCGGAUACCUGUGGAUUACCGCAACAUUGUUUGACCAAUAAGAUUGUCGCACGACCAAACAUAAAAACGAUGCCUAAUCUUACUGAUCGUUCCGUGUACACCAGUAAAGUAGUGCAACGCUCGGGACCGUCUAGACCUCGUAAACCCAAAGUCACCGAUGACAGCGUAGACGUGAAGUCAUUGGAUACCAAGAAGCCUCUAAGACGAGUGCCAACGAAAUCAAAAAAGCCCGUUGUAGAGGAUGUGGACAGUGAUUCGUCAGAGGAAUCACCGGACGAGAUGAAACCAAAUAUAUCAGCGAUAAAUGUCCAAGCUCAAGAACUCAAAGAGUCGGAAUCUCAUCAAAAAUUGGUCGAUUUAAAAGUUGAACAUGAUGAUGAUGAGAUGCAUGAUGAUAAAAGCAUUUCGAAGGUCGAGUAUGUGGAGCAACUCGAUAACAUUGAAGUUGUUGAGAUUAAAAUCGAGGAGGAUGACAUUUUCAUCGAAGAAGAUGCCUAUAAUAUGGUGGAAGAUGUCUCACAAGAAAUUUUGUACGAGACCGUUAUAGAACCAGAGGAAAUUGUAGGUUUUCCAGAAGAGCCUGAUGAAGAGAGUGACGACGAAGAGAUUCACGACGAACAGAUUCACGACGAAGAUGACUCACCGGAUUAUCAACCUCAGCCGCAUUAUGACGGAAAAGGAAUAAGACGUACAUUCUCAAAGAAACCUCCGGUAAUAACCGAAAAAAGACGCCGUGGUCGACCGAGAAAAAUUUCACAGCCGAAACCGGAAUCGGAGAACAUAAUUGUGUUGGACCUGCAAGAGCGGCAGCGUGAGUUGGACGCACAGCGUUCUAUUUUCGAAGAAAAUGUUUACACCCUUAGUGUAGACUGUUAUCGUUGUGCCCACUGCCCCAUGCAGUAUAGCAGUUCAUACCUGGCCGGACGACAUUUGGAGAAAGAUCAUCAAAUUGUACUGAAAGAGUUGCUUAAAACACUUCAGUACGAUAGAGUGUUCACUCGAGAGAGGAAAUAUCUAUGCCGGUACUGCGAACGUCCAUAUGCAAACGAAAAGGCUCUCGAGAAACACGCGCUGCUUCAUGGACCGGAUGGAAAACUUCUUCACAAAUGCUCUUGCUGUACAACUCACUUCGAGACAGAAGAAGAGGCCCGUCAACACGCUAUGGAAGUGCAUCGCGAUCGAUUGCAGUGCCUAAUGUGUGACAAAUUGUUCAAGGAACCUGAAUCACUCGCUGGACACGUAAAGCUGUACCACAAAGGUCAGAGAUAUACGAAGAAAUCGUAUUACGUUUGUCCAAAGUGUGGCAAAGCUUUCUCCUCUCGAACGGCAGUUUCUGAUCACGAGCGAUCCCAAUGCGGUAAGAAUCCGUUCUAUCAAUGUGAGAUGUGCCAGAAAUGCUUCCACAGCGCUCCGUCACUGAAGAACCAUUACACUUUGCACACUAACGAGCUCCCAUUUUCCUGUCAAUACUGUGGAAAAGCCUAUCGAACGAAAGGUCAGGUGAAGGUUCAUGAGCGACAACAUACGGGCGAGAAACCUUUCCACUGUGACUUUUGUCCGAAGGCGUUUGCUCAUCGCGAAUCGUUGCAAACGCACCGUUCCACGCACACGGGAGUUAAACGCUUCAUGUGCUCCGGAUGUGGGCAAAGAUUCACUUGUGUGUCCAACUUGCAAGCUCAUAAGCGCUCUCAUAAAGAUACAUGCGGAACGGUCCCGAAUGUUUCCCGAGUCACAGGAUCGGACGGCUAUCACGAACUGCCAGACGAUUAUGUACUCCCAUACCCUAAGUGUGAGGUCGUAGAAUAGACGCGAACUAUGUAGUUUUAGCUUUGAUAAAA